AUGGAAUCGUACGAUGUUAUUGCAAACCAGCCAGUUGUCAUUGACAACGGGUCUGGAGUCAUUAAGGCUGGAUUUGCUGGAGAUCAAAUUCCAAAAUAUAAUUUUCCAAAUUUCAUUGGACGUCCCAAACAUGUUCGGGUUAUGGCUGGUGCUCUUGAAGGAGAGAUUUUUCUUGGGCCAGAAGCAGAGGAAUAUCGAGGAUUACUUACAAUCAAGUAUCCAAUGGAACAUGGCAUUAUCCGUGAUUGGAAUGAUAUGGAAAGAAUUUGGCAAUAUAUUUAUUCCAAAGAUCAAUUGCAAACUUUUGCAGAAGAGCAUCCUGUUCUUUUGACUGAAGCUCCAUUGAAUCCUCGACGAAAUAGAGAGAAGGCUGCUGAAAUCUUCUUUGAAACAUUUAAUGUCCCUGCUCUUUACAUUUCCAUGCAGGCUGUACUCAGUUUAUAUGCUACUGGCCGUACCACUGGUUUGGUAUUAGAUGCUGGAGAUGGAGUUACCCAUGCUGUACCAAUAUAUGAGGGAUUUGCCAUGCCACACAGCAUUAUGCGUGUUGAUGUUGCUGGUCGUGAUGUUACCAGAUAUCUAAGACUGUUACUUAAGAAAGAAGGUUAUGAUUUUCAUACAUCAGCUGAACUUGAAGUUGUCAAGGCAAUAAAAGAAAAAAUUUGUUAUCUGCCUUUGAAUCCAAUGAAAGAGGAAGGUGUGGAAACAGAAAAAGUUGCCUAUACUUUACCUGAUGGAAAUACUAUUGAGAUUGGACCAGCUCGAUUCCGAGCUCCUGAAUUGUUGUUUAAGCCUGACCAAAUUGGAGAAGAAUGUGAAGGCAUCCAUGAAUGUCUAGUUUAUUCAAUACGCAAAUCAGAUUUAGAUUUGCGAAAAGUGCUUUAUUCCAACAUUGUUUUGUCUGGAGGUUCCACGUUAUUUAAAGGUUUUGGUGAUAGACUCUUGACAGAAGUAAAAAAAUUAGCCCCUAAAGAUUUAAGAAUCAGGAUUUCUGCACCUCAAGAACGAUUGUAUUCCACAUGGAUUGGUGGCUCAAUUUUGGCGUCCUUGGACACUUUCAAGAAGAUGUGGGUUUCAAAACGGGAAUAUAAUGAAGAAGGAGUGAAAGCAGUUCACAGAAAAAUGUUCUAA